UAGAGGGACUUGACUCUCCUCUUAGUGGACACCUCCGCUCUGCCAAACCUCUCUCUCUCUUUGCCCCUCUCUCUUUGUGUGUGACUUGUUUUCCUCUUAGAAUGACCAUGCGUUCCAGUAGAAUCGUGACCACCAGUUAUGGGUCAGGCGGCAGUGUCGGUGGCGGUCUCAGCGGCGGUUACGGUGGCGGUUACAGUGGCAGUCUCGCCGGUGGUUACGGCGGUGGUUACGGCGGUGGCGGCGGCGGCGGCGGCUCACGUGGCUGGUCCUCUAGAUCUGCAGUGUCGUACAGGUCAUCACCAGUGAUGGCCUCCAGCUCCUCGAUGCUUAGGUCAAGCAUGGGUGGUGGCGGCGGUGGUGGUGGAGGUUUCGGCAUGGGUUCUGGCGGUGGAGGAGGUUACUCCAUUGGCUCAAGUGGAUUUGGAUCUGGCGGAGGUCAGCUGAUAGCUCCCAUUACAAACGUCCAUGUCAACGCCAGCCUGCUGGCCCCCAUAGACCUAAAGUUCGAUCCCACCAUCCAGACCGUGCGUCUACAAGAGAAGGAUCAGAUCAUGAACCUGAACAAUCGCUUUGCAUCCUUCAUUGACAAGGUACGCUUCCUGGAGCAGCAGAACAAAAUGCUGGACACCAAAUGGCAACUGAUGCAGGAGCAGACCACCACCCGCUCCAACAUCGACGCCAUGUUCGAGGCCUACAUCGCCAACCUGCGCAGACAGCUGGACGGUUACGGCAACGAGAAGGUCAAACUGGAGGGAGAGCUGAGGAACAUGCAAGGACUGGUGGAAGACUUCAAGAUGAAAUACGAGGAUGAAAUCGGCAAACGUGCAAAUCUGGAGAAUGAAUUUGUUGUCCUCAAAAAGGAUGUCGAUAUUGCCUACAUGAAAAAGAUCGAUCUUGAGGCACAGAUUGACGGUCUUCAGGAUGAGAUUAACUUCCUCAGGGCGAUCUAUGACAGAGAGCUCGCUGAACUCCAGACCCAGAUCAAGGACACUUCAGUCAUCGUACAGAUGGACAACAGCCGCAACCUGGACAUGGACUCCAUCAUCGCUGAAGUGAAGGCUCAGUACGAGGACAUCUCCAACCGCAGCCGUGCCGACACGGAGGCGUUCUAUCAGCAGAAGUACAAGGACAUGGAGAGCUCUGCUGGCCAGUACGGGGAUGACCUUCGCAACACCAAGAGCGAGAUCGCAGAACUCAACCGUAUGAUCAGUCGCAUCCAGAACGAGAUCGACGCUAUCAAGGGACAGCGCGCCAACCUGGAGGCUCAGAUCGCAGAGGCCGAGGAGCGCGGCGAGAUAGCGGUGAAGGACGCCAAGGCCCGCAUCAAGGACCUGGAAGACGCCCUGCAGCGAGCCAAGCAGGACAUGGCUCGCCAGAUCCGGGAAUACCAGGAGCUCAUGAACAUCAAGCUGACUCUCGACAUUGAGAUCGCCACCUACAGGAAACUGCUGGAGGGCGAGGAGGAGAGGAUUGGAGCUGGUGGCGGAAAUGCAACAAUCCACAUACAGACCUCAGGAUCCAGCAGCAGCAGCGGCUUUGGUGGUGGCUCAGGAGGAGGAAUGGGCAUGGGAGGAGGAAUGGGCAUGGGCAUGGGCAUGGGCAUGGGCGGAGGAAUGGGCGGAGGAAUGGGCUACAGCAGCAGCAUAAGCGGCGGCUACGGCAUUGGCGGCGGCGGCGGCUACAGCAUUGGCGGCGGCGGCGGCCGCAUGAGCAGCGGCGGCGGCUCAAGCAGCAGCUCCAUGAUGACGUCCAGAACCAGCUCUCGCCGCUGAAAACAGACCCAAACACCAGGAAAAAUAAACCCUCCAUAGCCCCAUUAGAUGCAUUUCCUGUCCUGUGUAGUUCUAUAGUCCUUUGUUUUGAGCAGCACACACUCCCAGAGUCCGAGGUUCCAUCCUGCAGAGGCAGAGUCAAUAUAAACGCAGUCCUCUCUUGUGCUGGUGACUGUCCUUGUUGUUGCUCCCACUUGUCCUGUAGAUAAGAGCACACUUGUAGUAUCAGGACUGCGAGUAACCUGCAACCCGACUUAACCAUCACACGCUAACACGUCAGACAUUCGGAGGUUCCUAAAAAAAAGAUGACGGCAAUCUUUUCCGAGCUCUGACAUGUUAGCGCGCGUGAGGCGGUCACACCCAGCACGUCACUAUUUCUGCUACGAAGCUCUACGCACACACGCCACCGUCAUUUUGCAUCAAUUCCCGCUUUACUCUGAAUGGAAAAAUAAACGUUUGUUCUCGACCAAGUCUGGAAUAAAGAUGAGUUUCGGUG